AUGCCCAAACACAGUCCAUUGGUGGAUUCUGAUGGUUACAAAUUGAACAAAAUGUGGAGAGACGGAGACUUUGAAGUCAUCUCGAACGAGGACGUCAAGUUUUGCGUGCCGUCGUACCAUCUGCAGUCUGCCUCGACGGUGUUCCGUGACAUGAUUGCGGCGGGGUCGGGGGAGAAGCGCAUUGAGCUCGACGAGACGACGCGGACGAUCGAGGACUUUCUCAUGUUCGUGACGACGGGUUGCGCCAGAUUUGCCUCCAUGGACGGCAGGGUGCGUUUCGACGAGACAGUCAAUCUCAUCGCCUUCCUGCGCAAGUACGGGUGCGACGGCAUCGAGUCGCAUCUGCGCAACUACAUCCGCGCCCCUUGGCACGGACACAGCGAAGACUACAAGUACCUCCGCAUGCUUGCCGCUAUGCACCUCGACAUGCCCGAUGUCGUGGCCGAACUCAUCCGCGACAGCCCCGAGAUGUUUGCGUGGUUGGAUCCUGCCGCGCCCGCGCCCGCCACGCCCACAGCGGACGAGUGGCGCCCCCGUCGCCUCGCAUAUGCCAUCUUCGAACACAUCCCGAACAGGUACUUGUGGGCGCUCAUGGCGGCGGGAGUGUUCGUCGAUGAAUGGGUAGGCCGGUUCGGUGGCAAAGACGAAAGGUUGUCGGAAAAGGAUGCUGCUGAGCGGUUUCUCUGGUUCGCCGAGAAUGCGUUCCUCAGCACCAGAGCUGAUCCGUAG